AUGAGGACGUUGGUACUGCGAUAUCUAGUGUUAUCUACCAGCGUGUUGGUGUUGACGGAGUCGACGACUGCUCCUCCACCAACGCCCGCCCCAUCACCGCCUUUGUCAGAUACUAUUUGCGAUGAUCUGUUGAACUAUACGUACCAUGGUAUCUACAAUAGCUCCAAGAUGGAAGACAGUUUCGCUUGCGAGUGUUUUCGAGACCCUCUAAAUCCCGUCUAUGCGUUGAGCUGCAUGUUUGACUACUGCGAACAGUGUCGACCUUGGAUGGAUGGGGCGCUGUGCAUUAUCAAGCAAGAUCUCUUGAUCUUCGAUGCAAACAUCUUGGAACCCGCCGCUGCUGGUCCAAGGACAGAGAGUCUCAUGGAACAAGCCACUGUGGAAAUCUUUUAUCGCAACUACUUCAAUGAUACCUUGGGAUACUACGACUACCAAUACACCGAACUGACGUUGGGACAAUCCCCCAGCACACAUCAGUGUACCGUCAAUGUCAACCAAGUCGCCGUUCCCGAUGGCGACCAAAUCUGUACCUGUGGAGUCCAUGACUGUCACAACGACGGUACCAUCACCUACAGUUUCGAUUGUCCCAAUUACCCAUUGGCGGGAGGAAAUGAUGUCCGCUUUGGAAACUGCAAUGGAGUCGGCGAUACACGGUCCCCUGACAAGAUCAGAAUUCACGAUCCGUUGGUGGCCAUGUUGUUUGACUUUACCAGUUGUUUUCAGGAAGUGCCAUCGCCAGCACCUUCGGUAUCCCCCGCACCAUCGAAUGUGCCAACGGUAACCAGAAGACGAGAGUUGGAGGAGGAUGGGCGGCAGCAACUGCAGCAGACAGAUACCAAGCUGGGUAACCUGAGGUCAUAG